CGUAAACUCCACCAAGUUUCUGAUUACCAACUUCGAAAUUUCUUCUAGAACAUAUUCAUCUAUGCUAUUGAAUCCCCUGAAAGCUGCAUUGAUCUGUAGUAUCCCGUGGUGAGGAAGUUAUCUGAGAGUCCCAACCGGCAAGAUGGUUCAUGCUGAUGCAUCAAACUUUGCCGACGGCAUAACAAAAGAGGACGCCUAUGAGCAAGUGCUCUGGCAGGCCGAGGGCCUGAUCACCGACCAGCGUAACUGGGUCUGUAACCUUUCAAAUGCUGCUUCCCUAUUGUGGCACGCAUAUAAAUCUUUGGGAUCACCGAGCAAGGAUGUGAACUGGGCUGGUUUUUACGUGCUUGACAAAUCAUCCCAAGAUCCGCAACUCAUUCUGGGGCCCUUCCAGGGAAAGGUUGCCUGCCAGACCAUCAAGUUCGGCAAAGGUGUUUGCGGAGCAGCGGCAGCGACCCAAGAGACACAAUUAGUUCGAGAUGUGGAGGAGUUUCCGGGACAUAUUGCUUGUGAUGGAGACAGCAAGAGUGAGAUCGUCGUGCCUAUUGUGGUUACCCAGGACGACGGUUCGAAGAAGCUGGUGGCUAUCAUCGACAUCGACUGCGCUGAGCUGAAUGGGUUUGACGAGGUUGACAAGGUCCAUCUCGAGCAACUGGCAGCUCUCCUUGCCAAGAGCUGUGACUGGUAGCGAUUUUAUACAAAAGCAAUAAGAUAGAACUACCAACGUCAAAAUUGUGCUGGGUUAUUCGUAGAUGUUUCUUUUCCC